AUGGAUAGCGCUCGCUCUCAUCCUUACUAUCCCGUUGAUGCGCGGAUCAACGACUACGCCCCUAAUGAGACGUCUGUCCUCGGCCUAUUAUCUACUGCUAGUGUGGGAGCCACGGCUCUACUAGGGGCAACAUUGUUGUUGAGUAUCUGGGCGCGGCCUAAUCUAAGAAAAGCCGACCGAAUCGCCAUUUUAUGGUUUGUUCUCUCGGGCACCCUGCACUGCUUCUUUGAAGGCUAUUUUAUGAUCAAUCAUGAUCGCAUGGCAUCUGGGCAGGAUUUCUUUGGCCAAUUGUGGAAGGAGUAUGCGCUUUCGGAUUCGCGCUACAUGACAUCUGACACGCUAGUCCUUUGUAUGGAGACGAUUACAGUUCUUCUCUGGGGACCGUUGUGCUUUGGAGUCGCCUACUCAAUUCUUGUUAAUCACUCGCUGCGCCACCCUCUACAAAUAAUUGUCUGCAUGGCUCAUCUUUAUGGAGAUGCCCUUUACUAUGCGACCAGCAUAUUUGACGACUAUGUUCAUCAACGGCCAUAUUGCCGCCCUGAACCCUUUUACUUCUGGAUCUAUUACUUUCUGAUGAAUUUCAUCUGGAUCGUUAUCCCCUCCAUUUACCUUUACCAAAGCAUGAGAACGAUUUCCCGUGCCAUGAAAAAAGUCGACAGUGAUGCUCUAGCUCACAAAUAUAAAUGA